AUCCUCCACAACACAACACUGUCUGUCUGUAGCACAACACAAUGGGGCUGUAAUGUCAGCGACGGCCGACGACGCAGCAUCUUCUCCACAGUACUGAGCCUGUGUAUGGAUUUAAUGAUGAUGAAGAAGAAGAAAUUCAAGUUCAAGGUGGAUUUUGAGCUGGACGAGCUGUCUUCGGUCCCUUUCGUCAACGGUGUCCUCUUCUGUAAAGUCCGGCUGCUGGACGGCGGCUUCUCCGAGGAGUCUUCUCGGGAGCCAGUGCAGGCCAACUGUGUUCGAUGGAGGAAGCGGUUCUCUUUCCCCUGCAAGAUGAGUGCCAGUGCAGGGACCGGCGUCCUGGACCCCUGUCUGUGCCGCGUGUCCGUCAGAAAGGAGCUGAAGGGUGGAAAAGCAUAUGCAAAGCUUGGUUUUGCAGAUCUGAAUUUAGCAGAGUUUGCCGGCUCAGGGAAUACAACCCGCAGAUGUCUGCUGGAAGGCUAUGAUACCAAAAAUACUCGUCAGGACAACUCCAUUCUCAAGGUAAUCAUCAGUACACAGCUCAUGUCAGGGGACCCCUGCUUUAAAACCCCUCCCUCCACAGCCACAGUGAUCGGCAUCCAGAGUGAUGGAGAGAGCUUGCUGGAGGAGAGGAAGGGAGGCGACUCACAGAAAGGCUGUUCUGCAGAGAGUCGAGAAGGGAAGUGCCCUGUUGUGUCGGACGACCUGGGAGGCUGCGGCCACUCCCGAACAUCCAGCUACGCCAGCCAACAGUCCAAACUCUCAGGCUACAGCACAGGUCACUCCCGCUCCUCCAGCAUGUCAGAGUUCAGCCAUCGGCGAAAUCACUCAGUAGGCAGCGCUUCAACCGGUAUCGGCAGCAUCCCGGAGCCCAGCGAGGAGCGAGAGUCCAGGCCCUGUCCAGCACUGCCUGAACAUCCAGGCCCCACCGCCUCGUCAAGCAACUCCCAAGGCACACCAGUACGGAGCGCCUCGUCCUGUGAACGACUAAAUAGACAUCCAGUGAAACAGGACUCCAUGGAGUCUCAGCUGAAGAGAAUGGACGACACACGGGUGGACGCGGAUGAUGUCGUAGAAAAGAUACUGCAGAGUCAAGACUUUACACCCAGCCUACUGGACUCCAGUGCUGAAGAGGAAGGUUUGCGUCUGUUUGUUGGGCCUGGGGGGAGUACAGCCCUUGGAAGCCAUCACCUUCCCACCAGGGUCGGGGCGGGAGCAUACGAGCAGGUGGUGAUAAAGCGUUAGACCUGCAUCCUCUCAGUGAUGGGCCGACACUGAUUAUAUCUUGAGAAAGAAAAAAAAAAAUAGAAAUGAAGCCAAUACCAUUUCAGUCUUCAUUCCUAAAGCACACACAGUACCUGAUCAGCACUGUGUCGAACCUGAUCUUUGAAGCGUCAACAUUACAACAGUGCCCUCCUGUGUUUGUGUCUGCUACAUAGAUAUUUUUUAGGAGCACGAGGUGGACAGAUAUCAUCUCAAUGUAAACGCAGCUGCAAAUCAAGAGAAAGGAAACACUUGAUCAGAUCAUUUAAAAACAAAAACGUUUAACGUGCAUGUAUGCAGGUUUGGAAUUCUGGCUCCCUGUGCUGAGACCAUCCGCUAUGUCUGGGUAUGGAAGACCACGUAUGUCACCCAGCAUCCAAACACAAUCAGCAUUUAACUCUUAGGAACUGGAAUAAAAAUGAUUAGCCUGUCUCUGAUGGACAACAAGGGGAAGAGCUCUGUGUGUGCACCCUCAAAACAAACUUAAAUCUACACUGAAAACAUGCGUUUUCAAUACAUUCCUUUUGUCUCUCUGACUUCCUUUUCAAAUAGGAUGUUCUAUUUACUAUUUGCCUUUAAGCUGCUAAAAAGCUGUAGUUACCGAGACUCUGACAGCUGUUGGUGUUUUUACGGUGAGAUUAUUUUACUACAAAGACAUCAAACUUGAGCUAUUUGACGGGUGAACGUGGACUGCGCGAGUGAAUGUGGUUAUGUGUUUGUUGGUCAGACCACUUUAAUUAGUACUAACGGUAAUCCUGUUACGUUGAAUGACUGGGGGGGGGGAUAUGAUGUAUGAUCUCCUGUGAGGAAGACUAUGUUGGUACUUGAAAAGAGAAAAUGAGAGAACAAGACAAUUUGCUCAGUUUUAGUCAUAGAGGUUCCUGUUAUUUGUUUGGCACACUGCUAAAGGAUUGUUCUAGAAAAUCCCUGCAGUCCUCUUAACUGCUCUCCAAAGGCUAAAUGCCGUAACAAUGUGCUUGGUCCAAACUGGAUUGACUUUUACCUUUGCCUGAUAAACUCAUGAAUUGUGUAGGAUUGUUGAUUUUUUUGUGUGUGUAAAAAAGAGCAUAUUUACCACAUGUUGGAGUUUGAAAGAAAUCAAACCACAGUAACUGUUAUUUUGCACUUGGUUAUUGAGAUGCAGCCAACCAGAAGCUACAUCAAGUAAAGAGAGCCACAGCUAAGCAUAAUUAAGGCUGAACAAUGAAUCGAUUUGAAAUUUUUUUAAAUCUAACUUUGAGACAAUGCAAAUAGCAAAGACUGCAAUUUAGGAUAUAUGAAGUGUGGCUAAUAAAUAAUGACACUAUGCUGUUAUUCUUUUUAUCCCUCAUUUGAGCAGAUUGAAACUUUAUUAGUCAUUUGCUUGUGCACUGAUCAACGUGUACGACGCAGUUCAGGCAUGUAUGCUGUCCUUCGACUAACAUUAGCCCAGUCUUGCUAUUUAAUAGUCACAGAACAUUUUUCAGCACGUCUGGCCAGUAGUUUAACCUGUCAUCUUAACAGGUUUACAUAUUUAUGCCUUGUGCAACAAUCACACUUUUGAUGGCGUUUCAUGUAACAAUGCUCCAUCACGUUCUAAAUCUAUCACUCAGUAAAUAUAGAAUUCAAGCUUAACUUCACAAAUGUGGUUAAAGAAAAUUCCCAAUUACGUUGAACUAAAGUUAAAACUAAAUGUGCUUUUUGAUUUUUCCUUAUCAGCGUCUUAGCAGUCCAGAGUGCUACUUUGCAAAAAUUAAAUGAGAUGGCUAAAGGAUAAAUAGCUACAACUUCAGCCUGUCAUGCAGUUUUCCAGCCUUUUUUUUUUUUUUUUUUCUCAUCAUGUUGUUACUGCUCUCUGCAUUUACAGGGCAGUGAAUGCCAAAUAUAAUUUCAGGCUUCUAUGACUAACAUUGAUAAAGACGGGUGUGUAUCUAAUUUCCACCAUUUCAGGUGUAUAUCUAUUGUGUAGCUAUGCUUUGCAGCAUCACUCUGAGCUGAUCAGGAAGCCUACAUCAGUGAACAAAUGAAAGAUCCCGUGACAUAGUAACAGUGUGACUUGAGCAACUGAUGAAUACUGUGUUUUUUUCACAUCAGGACUGGAUAUUGAAGGACUAAUUAGUUAAUCCACUGCCAUGAAGGAAAAUACUCAACAGUACCUGAGUAUUACAGUAGUUUAGUGUGUCUAUCUCCGAGCUUCAUAUCAACGCUAGAGCUGAGGACAGUCAGUUGCUCAAGCACUCAGAUACAUUGAUGAUUAGGGCUACAGAGAGAAAUCUAAUCCGAAGUCUAAAUCUGCUGAGUUUUGAAAUCCUCACAGUGUCAUGCAUGUAGACUAUUUGCAUUUCUAGCCUCUUAGGAGCUGAAGCGCACAUUUGAUUAGAACAAAUUAGCCAAAGUAAACAAAACACUGUUAUUACCUGGGAGCCUAUAGGGCCUAUGCAUAAUGAGAGUAUUAAGACACAUGAUAACUAGUGAAAGCAGACUGUACAGCAUCUGUAAUCUUCUAUCUCCUGUCGUAAGCCAUAGUAGAGGUAGGAUAAAAGCCUCUUCUAGAUAAACUAUAUACAUCUUAUAUUAAUAUCUGCACAAGUGUCAUCAGUGUAUGGUGUUUUAACUAUACGUCAGUGUUCUCUGUUUUGUGUUUGUAUGUUCUGCACGAUUAUGGUGUCCUUUCUUUUAAGCUACUAGCUUUGACAAAUUUUGCCAUCACAUUUUGAGCUCGACACACCUCAAUGUUGUUUCUGAUUUGACAUUGUGCCAUCUUUGAAUCGAGUUCCACAUUGAAGGAAGAAUUUUGCUUGCUGUUUUGUACGUAGGAAUUCAUUUUGUUCUCGUGUUUAAAAGCAGAUAUUGCCACAAACAUCAAUAUGUGAUGUAACUGUAAAUCAGUGUUCUUAUUUUGUGUUUUUUAUUUUCACCAUGGUUUAGAUGUUGGAAAUCCCAUUUAUAGGAUGUUAUCAUCUUUGCUUUUUAUCUUUCAUUGCUGACAUUGUGCCAUAUUUUUGCUAAAUAUUUUAUUGUCGAAGAAAAAUGUCUUUCACUACAUAAUUAAGACAUUGUUAAAUGUAUGAUUUAUUGGUCCCAAAUAUCUAAUCAGAGUAUUUUGGGUUUGUUUGGGGGGUUUUUUGUUUGUUUUUUUGUCAUUUUGAAUAAAAAUCAAUUGUUUUACCUGUGUGACACAGGUAUGUUCAUCUUGGUACCUAACAUGUUGUUACAAACAUGGUUGCUUCUUCUCUUCUGUGAAGCUGUUGUCUAUAUAAAAUUGUAAACUGUAUUCUCCUGUAAAGUGGUGUUCUGCGCUGUUCUGACACUGUCUAGUGUUUCCUGUUAAAGACUUGUUUUUUGGACCAACAUUUGCUUCCUUAACAAGUGUACUGGAUGCUUAAGAUGUCUACCUUGCACUGUUGAAUAAAAUAGUUUAAAAUGCUCAGUA